UGAACUGUCUGAAACAAUGGAUAUCCACGGCCCCAAAUGGGCCCAAAAACAAUUGCCGCGCACUACGCACGCAAACAUGCCACUCCCCUUUCUUUGAAUCCUAGAAACGCCCCUGGCUGGCUGUCAUCUGGUUACAGCUGGGGGUGUAUGACUUCCGUGUCCUCCAUGAACUAAUGUGAUGCUUCGUUUCAGGAAUGUCCAGCUGUUUUCUUCCCAUUAUAAAUAAAUCCAGCGUGACUUUUCUCCUCCACACUCCUGCCCCGCAGCUGAACUCCUCUCUUGGCUCCACUCUCGCUUGUAUACCCUUAUCUUAGCAGCAAUAAUGGCCACCGCUGGAAAGGUGAUCAAGUGCAAGGCUGCAGUGGCGUGGGAGCCCAACAAGCCUUUGGUGAUUGAGGAGAUCGAGGUAGCCCCGCCCCAGGCCAACGAGGUCCGCAUCAAGAUUGUGGCGACUGCGGUGUGCCACACGGACCUGUACCACCUUUUCGAGAGCACGCAUGAAGAAGGCUUCCCAGUAGUCCUCGGCCACGAGGCAGCCGGCAUUGUAGAGAGCGUCGGGCCUGGAGUCACUGAAUAUCAGCCAGGAGACAAGGUCAUCCCUCUGUUUAUCUCCCAGUGUAGAGAAUGUCACUUCUGUAAGAGUCCGAAGACCAACCAGUGUGAGAAAGCAUGGGUUGGUCUUCACAACAUGUUGUCAGCCCCAGACUCCAGGUUAACCUGUAAGGGGAAGAAACUGCUGCAGUUUACAGGAACCAGUACCUUCUCCGAGUACACU